AUGCCCUCCCGCACCACGCAGAGUGCACCGCCACCGCCGCUACCUAGUGCCUGCACCGGCCCUGCUGAAUGGGCCGCGUACAAUAAGUUCAAGCGGGAAUUGCAAGCUGCAGACCCUGAAUGCCCUCCUCCGACGAUGCAAGAGUGGCGCGAGAUGAUGGGGCUGUCCUCCGGGCAGUCUGGUGAUCGUGCGACUGCUCGUACCUGCCGUCCCGCGGGCCGGAAUGCCCAGCGUCGCGAAGCGAUGGUCAUUGAUCCUGCCCUCCUUGAGACAGAGGAGACAGGUGGCGUUCCAAGCACGGAGGGCGGCGCCGCCGUCGCCGCUGUCGCCAGGGUACAGAAAGCGUCGGAGCCCGACAUUGCUCCACGCCUCAUCCUCAUGGCGAACAAGACUGAGCUUAACAAGCGUCAGCAGACAACCAAGUCAGAACUUGUGUCUCUGGUUAAGCAAGAAGUGCACAACAUUACUGGUAUUGCAAAGAACCCUUUCGUCUUGCGCCGUGGCCAGCCCGAGCCCACAACGCCUGCCGCACGACCCAGCUAUCUCCCGAUUGCUUGGAGCGAGCCCGUUGACCACCCUACAAAUCGGGCGGUAAUUGAGCAAGUUGCAAGGCUUAUCUAUGCGGAGCAGACCGACAAGGAGAAGUGGACGAUCUCCUGCAAGGAGGUUAAAUUCACGCUCUGUGACAUCGAGGAAAUGGUGAAGAACCAUCUGCGCAACUGGAAGACAGCCUACAGCCAGAAGAAGGACCCGGCGAAGACAAAGAACCGUCGCCUUGAUGCCUGCUCGCUCUAUGAGGAAAAGCACGGGGUCAAUCCGCAGCCCCUCGUUGAGACGCCAUGGAUGACCGAAGAAGUCAGCACGUUCAGUGCAUCUGAUGAUGCGAAGCGGCAGAUGUUUUAUAGCGAAGCUAAGGAGAAGAGCGGACUCACCGAUGAAGAUAUCGCGCGAGGUAUCAAGAUGCUUGAACUGCGAUCCUUCACCUGGCGCACUAACAGAGUGACCCAGAUUUAUCACGAGCUUGAUGAUCUGUACAACGCAAACCUUAAGGCUGAGGUGCCUCAAGUCCAUAGACGCAUCGACCUCGGUCGCAUCUCACGCACCAAUGUGCCCGAUCUAAAGCGCUUGAUAUCUCCGGUUCUUGUCAACACAACCUGGCUGAAGCGUUGGCAGGCAGAACGCCAUGGCGCCAGAGACCAAGACAUCAAAUUCAAGGUCAAGAACCCUCGCGGCUUCAGGGAUCUCGAGUCGACCGACGAAGAGGCUGGUGGUACGAGGGAGGAUCGUGCCGGUGGAGAGGGCUUGGCACAAGACCGGAGCGAGGGCAGCAGUCGUCGUCACGGUGAAGAUGCUGAUAGCGCGGGCGAGGAAGAGGAUGAUGAGACCUGA